AUGAAUACAUUGCUCUUUUUUAUUGCGGCUCGGAAUCUAAGAUUUAUUAAAACAAUAGUCGAUGAUGCCACAAACUCAUUUAAACCCGGAAUAUAUGAAUUUACUUUAAAUGCUGCAGCUGGAGGCCGUGGGUGCCAAUCAGGUAAAAAAAAUACUUAUGGAGGGAAUGGAGCAAAAGUACAAGCUAGAUUAAAAUUUACCAAUAGAACAAAUGUCAAUUUUUCAAUCGGAAAAAUGCCUAUAGGAGGUUGCAAUAGACAAAAUCCAGGUGGAAAUCCUAAUGGAGGAGCGAGCGGUAGAGAUCGCAAUAUCUAUGGCAAUGAUCCAUCGGGCGGCGGUGGAGGAAUGACUGCAAUUAUGAUUGACGGUGAAUACAUUUUAAUUGCUGGUGGAGGCGCUGGAGGUGCAGGAAUCUUCAAUGGCUCUCAUGGAGGAGGUUUUGGAUACACAUUACAUGUAACAAAAUAUGGACAAAUAGAAGACUACUCUGUUUUAUAUGUCCAAAAUAUUAUGCAAGGCGAAGAUGGUGGAUAUGCAUUAGAAACCCCAGGAUCUGGGGGUGGUGGCGGUUGGUUUGGCGGAAAAGGAGGAAUUGGGAGUGAAAAAACUAAUCCAAUAGUUUGUGGCCAUGGUGGAGUGUCAGGAUGUUUAAAUUCUUCUCAAUAUUUAUUCACAAUCCCAACAGCAAUAGAUGGUAGAUAUACAAAUAAUUACGGAAAUGGCUCAGUUAAUAUUGUUCUUGUUAAUGUACUGGAUACAGUUCCAGAAAAUAAUCGCAAACCCCGAAAGAUCUUUGUUGCAUCCUCAAUGUAUAUGUCAUUUGCAGCCACAAAUUUGUUAUAA